AUGGCUGUCUGUGUUUUUUGUAACAACUGUUUUCAACAGCCCAAAGCAAAUGGUUGCAGAUUUGCUCUGUCUAAUUGUGGACAUGUUGUCUGUGAAAUAUGUCUGAGAAAAGGAAGUAUAGAUGUAUGCUGUGUCUGUAAAGCGCGAUGUCACACUGUAUUCCUUUCAGAUAAGAUGGAUCCAGAUCUUAAGGCACUUUUUACACAGCCAGAUAAAGUUUGUGAAAGAUAUCUAAAGAUGUUUGUACAGAUUAUGGACUUUCAGGAAAAACACAGAAGACAUUUAUGUGCAAAAGAAAUAGAGGAGCAUGCAAAAUUGAAGGCCUACGCAGAGCAUAUUACACAGAAGAAAGAACAAUUACAAUGUGAACUUGCAGAAAAUAAGAACUACAUAACAAAACUAGAAAAUACAUUUCAACAAAGACAGCAAACGCCACGAUUGUCUACCCCAGCCACAGCAAGGGAAUUUGUUUCAACACCUUCCAUGAAAUCAGCAAUGUACUGUUCAGUUCCACAGUCAAGACCAUCCACCACUGAAAGGGCUCACAAAAUGGAGCUUGAUGGAAGACCAAGUUCAUCGGGAAAAUCUGAUUCGUCUAUGGGUCCACCUAGAUUAUCAGUAAUUAGUCCGCCUCAGGAUGGGCGAAUGGGUACUGUGCCUUAUAGAGGAGUUGGCAAAGUAGGGUCUUUUAGGACUGCACCUCACUCAACAGCGGUGCAGCAGAUUGGACUUUCAGGCUCACAGUCAUCUGGUACUAUGAGUCACAGAGGAGGGUCUUGGGAUACUUCCAGCUACAGAAGCAUGCUAUCUUAUCCUUCACUGCCACCUUCAUCACAGGCACCUACCUUAAGGGCUCCCAUAACCAUUUCAAAUCUCCUAAAGAGUAAGUAUCAUUGGUUUUCAAUUCCCACGUGUUAUAUGAUGAGAGUAAAAUUGGUGCUAAGAAAUGGGGUAUAUGGAAAACCAGCUUUGGUACCACACAAUGGCAAACGGUUUGUGACUCAGCCAUCAUGA